CUCAUCCGAAGCCCUCUUCUGGUCCUCAGGCUUCAUCAAUCAAUCAGUAUUCCCACGUCUUCCUUCCUAUCCCACCCCCCUCCCCAAUCCCCAAUCCCCAUUUCCCUACUACACCCACCCAUAUUCAUCACGCCCUUAUUUGUUUUUUGUACCACCCAGUGUCUGUCUGUCUAACUGUCUGUCUGUCUGUCUGUCUAUUUGUCUAUUUGUCUAUCUGUCUGUCCUGCUGGCUUGCCUGUCUGUCUAUCGCUUGAGUUUUUUAUUCCUUUUUUUUUCAUUACUCCCUCCUCUUAUUCAUUUCUUUUUAUUUUCCUCUUUUAUUUUCCUCUUCAGUGUCCAGCAAAGUUCAUGCAAUCCUUUCCUUUUCCUCUUCUUCACCGUUGGUAAAUAGUUUCCUGUUGUCAGCAUCAUGUCGAAUGUCGAUUUAUCAAGCGACGGCUUCAUUGGCCUGGACUACGACUCGAGGAAUUACCUCCAAGCUCACUCAUGGCCCGUGGCGGUGGACCACCAGGCCUCUCAGCGAUCGGAUGGAGCGCGAGACAUCUCGCCCUUGCAAACCAGCGGUCACGCUUACGAUCAAUCGGUAGCUCAGGAUCCUAAUCUGAUGGUCGACUGGCACUUCCAGCACUUGCAACCCCACCUUCAGUACUCCCAUGAGGAGGCCUCCUCCGCUCCCCAGCAGUUCACCACCGCCGCUAGCUAUGGCAUGUCUAUCCACUCUUCCCCCGUGGAUCUCAUGUCUGGAGCCCACGGCCACAUGAGCACGAGCCUGCUCGAUGGCUCUUAUCUGCCCCUCUCUGCGCCGGUCGACAUGGUUCCAUUCCCUUACCAUGACCUCCAGGCCGACCUCAUGGCUUUCCCUCCAGCCGCCGAUGGCUUACCAGAUCUGUCCGCCUACAGCGCACCGCAGAAUGUUCUGGAGAGCAGCUCACCCACCGACACCUACCUGGAGGUCCGUUCUCUGUCCAGUAGCGACAACGGCUGGAGCACCAUUGAGCCCCGCCGCUCCCAUGAAUUCUCCUACCCGGACCAGGACAUCUUUAUCAAUCCCACCCAGACCCUCCACGACCGGUCUCUGUCCGAGUCGUCCUAUUCCACCUCAUACGGCAGCUUCGUGGAGAUUACGAAUCCCAUCAAUUCGCCCAGCUCUGACACCAACUUCGACACUGCUUUCAACCACAGCAUGACUCGUCGGGUCUCUUAUGACCAUACCUCGCAUGGUUCGCAGUCCCCGACUGCGGUUAGCCCCGUGGCCAUUGUACGACCCAUUCCGGUGCCUUCCAAGAAGGCGUCGACCCCGCCUACUCGGUCUGCAGCAUCAACUUCAUCGGCUUCCCCUCCUAGCCGGAAGCCGUCCCGUAAGAGCCCGAUUGCUGCCAAGACAGCCGAGACCAAGGUCCGUAAGCAGUCGCAAAACGGAAAGCCAGAGACCGAGAAGCGUGUUGGCAAGCGAAAGGGCCCGCUCAAGCCGGACCAACGGAAACAAGCCAGCGAGAUCCGCAAGCUGCGCGCGUGCCUGCGUUGCAAGUUCCUGAAGAAGACUUGCGAUAAAGGAGAACCCUGCGCGGGCUGUCAACCCUCGCAUGCGCGGUUGUGGCAGGUUCCCUGCACGCGCAUUGACAUCAAGGAGAUCGGCUAUUUCAUGAAGGACUGGAAGGCGGACUACGAUCGUCACGUCAACUAUGAUUUCACGGUCGGAAACAUCAAGGGGUUCUCGGAUCUGGAGACGACUCUCUUCAUCACUCAUGGCUACGGUCAGAUUCUUCCCAUCAAUGCCCGCGAGGUCUACGUACACGACGAUCAGUGCUUCAAGGUCGACUGGGUCGAGUCUAUGCACCGGGAACCGACGCCAUACGAGGUGGAAACGGCCAGGCUCUCCGCUGGAAUGGAAGGCAUUUCGCACGCUAUGCUCUCGGAUUAUCUGGAUCGCCACAUUGACGGCAACGGAACGUUUGAGAAGUUUGUGGAUGACUACUUCGAAGGCACACCUUUCCUGACGCAGAUGCUGAAGACGGCCUUCCGGUAUUACUACCGCACGAAGUUGCCCGUGAUUCGCAAGGCGUUGAAGCUCAUCAUUGCCUACAACCUGACGUUUCACGUUACCAUGGUGGAGGGUAUUGGCGAGGAGGAGCAGUUCAAGGGAAAGAUCAACGACAAGUCGUCCAAGUUCAGUGGCAAGACGAUAGCGCCUGUGAUGGUCAACUUCCAGGUCAAGUGUGCCAUGGCGAACAUGUGGCGAGAGUUGCAGAAAGAUGUGCUGGAAGAGCUCUCUAGCCUCUACUCUAGUGUCUACAGUGGAGAGAAGCUCAAGAACUGGCCGACAAUUUUCAUUCUGGCUUCGAUACUUUUGGCCGUGUGGGAGGAGAUGCAGUUUGACUGCCAUUAUCGGACUCCGGAUGCUGCCGCUGUUGAGAAGUUCUGCAACGAUAUGGAGACCACGCCGGUGGGAGUCAUCGUCGGUCUGUUCCAGGCGAUUUCACAAAAGCUGCCUGCGUUUACGGACUGGGAGACGACCAAACACCACCACCUGCUGCACUCGAAUCCCGAUGUCUGCAACACAAUGACCGAGGUCCGCCAACAUGUUACGCAAUUUGAGAGCUAUCUUCGGGGCCGCUCUGGUUCCAAGUUCAACCGCAAUGACUUCGACUGUUUAUCCAACAAAUUUGUUUCCCGACUUGUGAUUCGCGCAAACUAAACGACGUGUAACGAGCUUUAAGAUGACGGCAUUAUGAUUAUGACACCAGCCCCGCAUCAGCGAGCGCCUUGCUUUCGUACUUUCGCCUUGUCAUCACGAAGCUUUUCAUUCCUUUGUUUUAUGAGGCUCUCUGGGAGUGGGAACCCUGGAGGGCCGCUCUAGCCUGAAGCAUCUGUCCGAUUUAGCAACCUUUUACCUUCUCAGUGGUAUACCUUUCUCGCACAGUAUUUACAAUAGCGAUGAUGAGGAUCACGAAUGUCAUGAUAUUGUACGGUCACGACCUGAUUGGCAGCGGAUGACGAGGGCAACUGCGUUGCCGACUCAUGCUGGAGGCUAGUUCUCGCUUCAUGAAGCUGCGUGUUUGCAUUUGUGUCCUUGAUUAGCGUGUUUAUAGGAUGAAUCAUGAUUAAAAAGUAUGCCAGUGUA